GAACUGUACGGUCUUCCGAAACCCACUAUAUAUAAAGAUACAUACACUCCCACUACCAUCACCACCAAAACAAACACAGCUUUCUUCAUCCAAAAGAGAGAGAUUUUCAGGUCUAAAGUUUUCAUUUUCUGAGAAAAGAAAGAGGGUUUCAGUUUCAUUCUUCACCAAAAUGUCUGAGAAAGCACACGAUGUAGGGACACACCCCUUCCACGCCGAUGAGGAGCGCAAGCGCCAGAAGAGGAUCAAGAUGUACAAAUACAUCGGAAUCUUCAUAGUGUUUCAGAUCGUAGUGAUGACUGUUUUCGCACUCACCGUCAUGAAAGUCAAGACCCCCAAAAUCCGACUAGGUAACAUCUACGUCCAGUCCCUCACCGCCAAUGCCGCAGCCCCCUCAUUCGACGUGAGCUUCACAACCCAAGUCCGGGUCAGGAACACCAACUGGGGGCCGUACAAGUUCGAGGCCGGCGUAAUCACGUUCAUGUACGCAGGUCUUCCCGUUGGAACAGCUUACAUCUCUGAAGGCAAAGCAAGGAUCAGGUCGACCAAGAAAAUGGAUGUGAUGGUGAGAGUGAACUCGGCAUCGUUGCCGCCGAACACAAUGCUCGGAACUGAGCUGGGAAGUGGGGUGUUGAUGCUGUCCAGCACGGCCAGGGUGAACGGAAAAGUGGAGUUGAUGGGUAUCAUGAAGAAGAGGAAGGCGGCGGACAUGGAGUGUUCUAUGGUGUUUAGUGUGGCCACAAACACACUCCUGAAUUUGGAGUGCGAGUGAAAAACAGAGCACGGCUCUGUUCUGCCUCCAAUUUUUAGUUACUCUUUUACGAUGGCAAAUUUAUUUUUAUUUUUCUAAAUCUUUUUGUAGCCUUGUAAUUCUUAUUUACCAAUUCUGUCGGCUGAUAUAUAUAUUUUAUACAUAUUAUAGUUUGAACUUCGAAACUCCAAUUUUUGC